AUGCAUUACCCAUCCGUGACCUUCAUCCUCCCCGUGGCCCUUAGCUUGGUUGGGUCUGUGGCAGCGUUUGCCAUGCCAUCGCCACAGGACUUCUCGAGCUCGAGUUGCAACCAAUGUCUUGCACUGGCCAGUACCGCGGACACGUGCGGCUGGAGCAUAACUUCGACCGAUGUACCAACGAUAAGCCAGACUACGUGCAUGUGCGGCCUUGAUAGCUUUAUAGAGAACUACAAAGACUGCAUGUCCUGCAUGGUUACCACCGGCGUUAUGAACGCCUCCGAUGCCGCAACAUACAGCACUGCUGUCGUGGAUGGGUGCAGUACCCUUACUGGCGGCGGAACCUCAACUUCCGGCUCUGGCUCUGGCACUAGCACUAGAACCUCCACCGGCAGCUCAUCCUCCUCCACCUCCUCAUCAUCCGGUGGGUCAACGUCAACAGACACUGGUACCUCUUCCGGAAGCUCAAACAGCAACGGAAACGGUGUGCUCGACCAGAGCGGCGCCGGUGCGCUGUCCGCCGGCUCUGGACAGUUUGUCCUCGGUGCUGUUGCAGCCGUUGGGGUUGCCCUUUAUGCCCUGUAG